GCCAUCUGCGUUAGACACAGUCCAUUGUUUUGGUACACGCGCGUCGAUUGAACGUCCAAUUUUUAUCGUCGGAUGCUGAUCGCAAUCCGACAUCAUCAUGAAGCUAGUCAGAUUUCUUAUGAAGCUCAGUCACGAGACUGUCACCAUCGAACUAAAGAAUGGAACCCAAGUACAUGGGACAAUCACAGGUGUUGAUGUCAGCAUGAACACUCACUUAAAGUCAGUCAAACUCACACCAAAGAACAGAGAAACACAGCAGCUGGAAUCUCUCAGUAUCCGUGGCAACAACAUUCGGUAUUACAUCCUCCCUGACAGCCUCCCCCUGGAUCAACUGCUUGUAGAUGAUUCUCCCAGAGAGAAGAUGAGGAAGAAGCAGCAAUUUGGAUCAAUGGGAGGAAGAGGACGUGGACGAGGAGGAAGAGGUAGAGGGCGUGGUGGUCGUGGUAGGGGCCGUGGUGGAGGAGGAGGCGGAAGGAGAUAAACAUAGUACUUCACAUCACAUAUGUACCUUUUGUCCUGAAUUGUUGUAUAAAUCAUGGUUUGUAGCCUUCUAUUCCCGUAUUGUUCCCAGCCAUAAAACUCUUCAUGAAUACUUUUUGCCGAAAUGUUAGAAUAAGAUUCCUUGAUCUGUUUCCAUGAUGGUAGAUAGAGAUCAUAUAAUCACUGUUUUUUGGGGGGAGGUUUAUUCUGUAAAGCAAACCAGGCUUCCCGAAUAGGGAUUGCAAAGUAUGGAGAGUGUUAAUGGGUGCAAAGCAGCUGCUCUGGUGCUUUUUAAUUCAUUCACCAGAAAUCAAACACAUAUAUUAAUAAUAAGUCAGAGAACCUUUGCAGGAAAGAAACAUUUUCAGGAUGAUGUAAAGAUGGAAGAGUUUCAUGAAGCAGAGUUGUCAGUGAGGUUUCCUCUCGGCCAAUCAAAUGCUGGGAUUCCAGUCGCUCAUAAAAGUUGUGAGUGAAUAUCACCGCCAAUGCUUCAUGAAACGGCCCCUUUGGCUCUCAUUUCUUAUAAACUGUUACUGUUAAUAUUGAAAUGCUUUCUUUAAAAUAGCACUUAUUCUUGUAUACCGAGGCAUGUUUUAGGUAUGAAACCCUUAGCAUGUAGUGUAAAAGUGAUUCAAUAUUGCAGUUUUCAGACAUCUACAAGCAAUGUUUCAUAAAUCUGAAAAGUUAAGAGGGAUGAUAUUUGGAAACAGAAUUGUUUGUGAUGAUGAAUGUCAUUGGGUAUUGUUCAGUCAGAAGGAAAAUGUAGCCCUGAUCAGUUUAAUUGAGGAUUACCUGCCUCGGUUAGGCGGAAUGAAUGACAAUUUCUUUUGAUGAAUGAAAUACAUACAAUGUUGCUAUCACAGCAUUGUGUUAGCAACUAUUCUGUGACAAACCAAAGAAAUCACAUGUGAUACAAGUGGUAAAAACGCUUUCUUAAUAUUGAUUAAGAAAGCGAUUAUAUGGCAUUUAAGAUGCCCAGUGGUGGAAUGUCUUGGGAAGUGGACGUCUGUUUGUGUCAUUACACUGUGCAGACGAGAAACUGAGAUAAGCUAGGUAAAUCAAACCCUCUUAUUCCCAUUAUUACGACAUUGGUGGUAUAUUUCAAAUCCUUCUCGACUUGCAUAUUUAUUCUGUCAUGAAAAUAUGUGGAAGAUAUUUUUUAGAUAGUGAAUAGGGGAAAGGGUGAACAUUCCAUUGUAAAUAGGUAACCUGAGUGUUCAUAAACCUUCAUCAAAUAGGGUGUACCCGUUUUCAAUAUCUGUCUGAUACCUGCCUUGUACAUGUAUGCUACAGUUGCACCGAUGAAUCAACUCUAGACCGGUCAAAGCCAUUACGUUUGUUUGAAUUGCAUAUGAUUGGUCGGUUUGGUGUUGCUUUCAUUUGUGUUACUAGCAUCGUCCUGGUUCAUACCUUUAUUUGAUUUUACUAUCAAUGACAAGGUACAUGCUACUGAAGUCCUGCAAUUUGAUUGGCUGAGAGCAAAGUUGUGAUGGAUGUCCAGCAUUUGUUAUUGAUAAAGUGAUAUGUGAAACAGGGCCUCUGGUCCUUGGGGGUUUGGGAUGAAUCAGAAGGUAUUUUUGUACAUUUGUUUUCUGCUGGUUAAUCAUGGCAUUCUUUUGUACCGUUUUCAUAGUAAUUGUGUUGUAUUGCUCCUUGAUUAAAACUGUUGUUAAUACAUA